GACUGUGAUGCCAGUUUUUAGUUCAGUGCUGAAGCCUGUUGAUUGGUGUUGGCAUUUUAUGCAAAUCUGUGAUGCACAUAAACUCUACUAAAGUGCUAUAAAGUCAGUAGAAGCCACCAGUGCUGAUUGCAUGUUUCUUUGUGGCAUUCUCUUCCCCAGGCCUAUCAUCAAAAUGGAGCUUCCUGACUAUCCUAUUCCAGAGCUGGAUGUCACCUUGCAAGAACUAGCCCGUGUCCUUCAGCUCAUACUGACCCCUGACCUUUAUCACGAGUUCAAAAUUACACUAGAACAGCAGCGGAAACUCCUUGAAGAUGCCCAACGCAAAUUUGAAUCUCGUGUUGUCAGUCAAGAGAAUUGGGUGACUCAACAGUUCAAGGGCAGUCUGUUGGCUUGUGCUGAUCCGCUGCCCACUUCCACCGCGCUCCCUGUUGUUUUACCUCCAUCCAAGGUAAAGACAUGUACCCAGCUGGAGAGGGCAGCUGCUCUCCUCUGGGCAGCAGCAAAACUGUACACUGAACCCAAGUUGUUGGAGGGUGAAGUUCCACUGGAGCGCACUCAGCAGUCUGAACUGUUUGCUGCCAGUCGGAUUCCUGGCAAACAUCAAGAUGAUAUCAAGGUCUACCCACAUAGCCUCCAUGCCAUCAUCACCUGUGCUGCAGGAGUGUUCCCCAUUGACAUACUGCAGCAUCCCAGCAAUGAUGGACCAGUUUCAGCUCGACCACUCAUUGAUAUCUAUAACGUCUUGGCUCAGGUGAUGAACCAACCCAAAGCAGGAACCCAGAAUGAUCCCUCUGCUAUUUGCAGCCUGUCAGCCCUUGAGCGCAAAACUUGGGCUGGAAUCAGAGAACAGAUCCUCAAUCACGGAGGAGUUGCAGCAGCAUCACUGGGCAUAAUGGAGAGUGCUGUACUAACACUUUGUCUGGAGGAGCAGAAUGCUCCCACUGAGCUCGCUGAUACCCUCAAUGCAAUAAUGCUUGGAGGAGGAGGAUCCUGUCUAAGACACUACGACAAGGUGGUGAAUCUGGUGGUGUUCGCAGACAGCACAGCUGGAAUCAUGUUUGAGCACAGUGCCGUGGACGGGAUGGUUGCAGCUCUUGUUACUGAUCGUAUACAUUGCCUGUCUGAGACAGUUGAUCUAAACCUGCUUCAUAAUGGCAUAAUAAAUGCAAAUGUGCCUGUCACAACAAACAAUUCCAUUUAUAUUCAUCCUGUUUCGUUAGCAUUUCCCUUGCAAGAAAUCGACAUUAUGAAGUUAAGCCCAGAGUUAAAAGCAUCACACUCAGUCCUGACUUUCACUGUGUCGUCUUAUUCUGAUGUGUUUUCCACUCUCCAAAGCCAAAGAGGACUGUAUGAUGCUUGGAUCAACUUCUCCUUGCAAGCUUCUCUGAUGCAGACUCUUGGGGACUCUGCUGCCAGCCAUAUUCUUGUCACGCCCACCCAUAUGCGGCACUACAAGCAUGGUCGCUGUGAUCCUACAUACUCACUCACCAUUCAUUCCCGCAAGUUUGUAGGAGCUUUGAAAUCAUCCACUGGCUCAGACAACGCAUUCCAGUCUUCCACUGACAUCAUGCGCUUGUUCCAUGUAGCAUUUUUAGAGCAUAAGAACCUCAUCAGGAACACCAAAAUUGGCCAGGCCAUUGGCCCCCAUAUAGCUGCUCUGCGCCAAUCUCUACCACCUGGUAAUCCACUAAAAAAGUUCCUGGACCCCUUUGGAUGUCCAUCUGUGUACCUCACAGGCACAAAUUUGAUGGAAGGUGUGGAGUGUGGGGUAGGCAAUGUCUAUGCUCAAGACCAAUUGGCUGUAGCCUACCUUGGGAAGGCAGACAAAGUUGGCAUUGUACUUAAUGGAAAAGGGAUUUUUGCUCAAUCACUGGGAAAACUUCAAGAAAGAUUGAAGGUAAACUUGAAGUUAGUGAUGCUCGUAGCUCUAAAAUAUGCAAUUGCAUGCCAGAUGGGAGGCCUACAGUGUCUACUUCAGCAGGGUCAACCGGGGGAAGUGAAUGGAAGUUUGCAACAGUGUAGAGAUCCCCAAAGCAAAGGCAAAGCCGCUGUUCAUGCUACUCCUUAUGCCAGUCCAAACUAUACUCUCGUAAUCCAUGGUGGUGCUGGUGAGGAAAUGAUGCUGAACACCUACGUGAUUGGUGUUAUUGAGUUUUCUCUGCAAACAGCUUUAACACUGGGAUCCCAAGUACUUCAACAAGGUGGCAGUAGUCUAGAUGCAGUGCAACGGUCAGUGCAGGCUCUGGAGGAUUGCUUUCUCUUCAAUGCUGGUAAAGGCUCAGUAUUCAACAAAGAUGGCAAAAAUGAAAUGGAAGCAACUCUUGUUGAUGGCAGCACAAUGAGGUCAGGAUCUGUUGCUUGUGUUGAAAGGGUGAAGAAUCCAAUAAAAGCAGCCAGAUGUGUCAUGGAGCAUAGUUCACAUUCACUCAUUGUAGGAGAUGGAGCUCAGGAGUUUCUGCAAGUGGUGGACAAGGAGAAGUUUGUAGGCCCAGAAUAUUUCUACACUGACAUACGCCACAGACAGUUUAAAGAAAAUGCCAGUGGUGGAAAUACCCCAAAAAUGAAUCACCCUCAAACAGUUGGAGCUGUAGCCCUGGAUCAAUGCAAUCGGUUGGCUGCUGCUUCAUCCACGGGUGGGUUAGUUGGGAAACUGAAAGGGCGAGUUGGUGAUACAGCAGUAGUAGGCGCUGGAAUAUAUGCUGAUGAUAUGUUGGCUGUUACUUGCUCUGGUGAUGGAGAUGUAUUUCUGAGACACACUGUUGCUCAGAAAAUAGCCAGUCUCUAUCAUCACAAGGGAUACACCCUGAGGCAGGCAUGCAGAGAACUGAUGAAUGAAAACCUAAAAGGGUUUUGUGCAGGAAUCAUUGCUGUGGACACUAAAGGUGAAGCAGUCAUUGAAACUAAUGCUGGUGCAAUGUUUGUAGCCUCAAUGAUCAAUGGUAUUGCACAAGUCGAAGUCAGCAGGCCCAUGAAGACCUUCUCUGAUGUGAUUUGGGAGACAGAUAAACUGGUUGCUUUCCUGCAUUCCAAUCCCUGGACCCCUGGGUCAACAAUUUUGAUGCAAAAAACACUUAGCUGCAAAACCAGCAUUUUCCAGUUGGCUAUACCAGAGUUUGUGGCCAUGCUACAUGGAGCAAGGGAUGUGUCAAGCUUACUAUGCGAGCGACUGGGAGUGCAGCGUUGUGCCUUGGUUUUUCAUCCAACUUCUGAUCAACCAGCACAAAUCAGACUUCUCCCACUCCAUGGUGUUGGCUCUGAAUGGCAACCCCAUCUUGCUGAAGAAGAGGAAUUUCAGUCUUAUAAUCUUGGGUACUGCACCUCAAGGAAUGGCCCAUGUUGGGAUGAUGAUGCACUGGCCCAGGUUCAAGCUCAAAUUAGAAAUCAGUUGCCAACACCAAAUGCGCCAUCUUGUUUUGACUUUUAUGGAAACCCUUCCCACGAUAACCUGUUUAGCCGCAUUGUACGUGGAGAGCAGAAACAGUGGAGAGUGUGGGAAGAUGGUGAACAUGUUGCCUUUCUAACACCUUACCCAAACACCCCUGGAGUAACUAUUGUGGUGCCUCGCAAACCACUACCUAGUGACAUCUUCAGACUGGCGGAAGCUGACUACACAGCCCUAAUCUUAGCCACUUAUAAAGUUGCUCGACUCUUGGAAGAGGCAAUGAAAGCUCAAGGUGUUGCACUGAUCUUUGAGGGCUUUGAGAUUGACUAUGCUCACGCCAAGUUGUUUCCACUGAUACCUUCGCAAGAUGAAACUAAACCUGCUAAAUUGCAACUAAAAUGCUUCCAUAGCUACCCUGGAUAUGUAUCGUCAUUGGAUGGACCUGCUGCUGACCCUGAGGCUCUUAAAGAGAUGCACUUAAAAUGCACCCAGAUCAAGCCUCCUCGUUCCUGGGAACACCCUCAGUCUCACUCCGCAAUUGCUAUCAAGAGCCAGUGGUAUUGCAAUCUGUUCCAGAUUCAAAAUACGCUUUUCCACAGCACGGUGGAAUAUUUCCAGAAGUCCUGUCAGUAUGCCUAUGCACUGACCCCUCUCACCACAGACACCAUCUCAUCUCCAAUGGGCUUGGGAUCUGAUUCAGAACCAGUUUCUGUUCACCUGCUGGGCCAAGACAUCUAUUUGGCUGACUCAAUGCAAUUUGUGCUCGAGUACUUGCUUCGUUUCCAAGAUAACCUGGCAGGGACCUAUUACAUAUCUACCAGCUUUCGAGGUGAAGAUCCAGAUUCAACACAUUUGAACCAGUUCUUCCAUGUGGAGUGUGAACUGCUGGGUGACAUGAAUGAUGCCAUUCACAUAACAGAGCAAUAUUUGGCCCAUCUCACCAAGACCAUGUUGAAGAAACACUCUGACAUAAUCCUCAACACUGCUGGGACCCUUGCACAUGCAACAGACAUGCUGAAUAAGCUGAAGAGCGGAACCCCAUUACCAAGAGUACCUCUAGACCAGGCUAUUCCCAUGAUGCCCUCUGCUGACUGUGUAGAGUGGGUGCAAGACAGCCAGCCCCAAUUUGGUAGAAAGCUAACUCGCAAAGGAGAGCAGAUCUUGAUAGAGAAAUACGGUGGUGCUGUUUGGUUGACUGAAAUGGAUCAUCUGUCAGUUCCAUUCUACCAGGCAUAUGUGGAGGGCUCAGGCCAGAACAAAGCCAAAGCUGCUGACCUGUUACUGGGUUUAGGGGAAACUGUGGGCCUUGGUGAACGCCAUUCCACCCCUGAGAUGGUACAGGAGGCCCUCAGGCAUCAUGCAGUGCCAGAGCAGUCUUACAAAUGGUACAUUACCAUGCGCCAGUUGAAACCAGUCCUCAGCAGUGGAUGGGGCAUGGGGACGGAACGCUACUUGUGUUGGCUCCUUCAGCAUGACGACGUCAGAGAUAUGCAUAUCAUACCCAGGAUGAAGGGAACAAAGUACAUGCCCUAAUCUUUAAUAUUCUACAGAUUUUCAGGCCCUGAGAUGUGAUAUGGUAGUCCCGAGUUUGGAAAUGUCAUGGCAGAGCAAGCAUUCGACAUAAUCACAGAACAUCAUCAAAAAGCAGUUAAUUUAUACUAUCACAUUGAAGUUAUAAAAUAUACAAUAUGUCUUAUGUUAAACUAAUGCUUUUCUUAUCAUUUUGUUGAUAUCACUUUGUCUUUGGGGUAGGUGGGGUUAAACUCUUAAUAAUAAUAUGACUUUAUUUGAGGCUACAGGAAAUGAUUACUUCUUUAAAUGAGCGACACUUGCUUUUAAAACACUUUUACAUACAAACUCACAUAAACAAUUCAAAUUUGUCGUAAUAAUGAUACUUUUGUUGUUUGUUUCUAAAUUGAUCAGAACUUUCUAAGAGCCUGUUUUUCUGACUUUUUUUUUUUACAGAUAUUACUGAUGUAAGAAAACUGAUGUUCAACAGCUUAUUUAAGUUGUAACAUUAUUUGUCAACCGGAUUGUGAAAAUCACUUUCAGAUAAACGUGUUUCAGAUCUUUUUUGCACUUCAUUGACAAGUGGACGCUUUGUUUGCAUUUGUAUGUGUCUUUUCCUUUUGGAUGAUGAUGAUAUGUUUCUGCGUUUGCAGUCGUUAGUAUUGUGGUACAUUAUAUAUUAUGACUGCAAAAUGAAUAGUAAAGAUAGAACUUAAAGCUACAGUGUGGCGGAUUUAGCGGUGUUUACUAGCAAAAACAGAAUAUAGCAUUCAUAACCAUCUGUUCAUUAGUGUAUAAAUACCUGCAACAACUAAUCAGUAUGCUUUCAUACACUUAGAAUGAGCCCUUCAUAUUUACAUGGGAACUGCCCUCAUCAUGGAGGCUGCCAUGUUGAUACGGUAGCCCUAAAGGCACAUACUAUUUCUGUUUUUUUGCUUGUUUUGUUUGUUUGUUUGUUUGUUUAUUUUGUAGUACUGCAGGACAACUGAAGGAAACAAAAAACAUCACUGGUUUCUCAUCUAUAAACAGUCUACUUGUUGCUCAUGCAGGCUUUUUGAGACCCCCUCAUUUUUUUUACACAGAGGAUCAUAUAUAUUGCUUAUCACAAGA